CUCCCUUUUCGCCCCGCCAGGGCCCCACCGUGCAGACACAUAAAUAGAGGUGCGGGCAGGAGCGGGGCUGCAUCCCGAGGGAUCCCAGAGCAUCCCAAGGAAUCCCAGAGCAUCCCAGCAUCCGUUCCACCCUGCAGAACCAGCCAUGCCUCUCCCCGCCGCGCUCCUCCUGUGCCUCGCCUCGCUCCUGCUCCGCAUCGCGUCCCCCAAGCCCACCUGCGACCCCAGCGCCGCCUGCCCGCCGUGCCCCGAGGGCGGCCCGGAGGCGACACCCGGUGCCACCAGCCCCUGCUGUGCCCCGUGCCCGCGGUCCUGCCCCUGCCCGCCCCACCUGCAGCCCGACUGCGAGCUCCACGGCUUCCCCGGGGGCCGCGUCCCCGCCGGCCGCUCCUUCUACAUCGACUUCGCGCGGCGGCUGUGCCGCUGCGGGGACAGCGGGGACAUCGCUUGCAGCACGCUGUGCCCGCGGCCCGAGCCCGCCUGCCGCGCCCUGGGCAGCCCGGUGGCCGAUGGCUGUCCCCGGUGUGUGUGCUACGGCCCCGAGGGGAUGGCGGUGCCCGCCGGGGCCUCCGUGCGCAGCGGGUCCCGGCAGUGCCGCUGCCCUGCCCUGGGCGGGGACUUGGAGUGCGCGGAGCCCCAGGAGUGAAAUUCGCCUCGCCCGGGUCCCUCCGGCAGCGAAACCUCUGCGACCGUGCUCACAGGGGGCCGAGGGAGGGACGAGGAGCUGACUCCAUGUUUCAGAAGGCUGAUUUAUUAUUUUAUGAUAUAUAUUGUAUUAAAACUAUACUAAAAGAAUAGAAGAAAGGAUUUCAUCGGAAGGCUCAUCAAAAGAAUGAUAACAAAAGCUUGUGUCUCAGAGUCCAAGCCAGCUGACUGUGAUUGGCCAUUAAUUAGAAACAACCAACACGGCCCAAUCACAGAUGCACCUGUUGCAUUCCACAGCAGCAGAUAAUCAUUGUUCACAUUUUGUUCCUGAGGCCUCCCAGCUUCUCAGGAGGAAAAAUCCUAAAGACAAGAUUUUUCAGAAAAUAUCAUGGCUACACAAAAUCUUCCUGGGCUUUGGGGUACCCUUGCUGAAAGGCUUUGAGAGGAAUGGCAGAUUUUGUCUUUACAAGCUGUGGGUCUGCUGGUAGAUAAAACUGGCACUGAGAGACGAAAGAAACAAUGAGGAGGGUUCCACUGAUUGGUGAAUGGGAUAAAAUAAUAAGGUAAAAUAAACAAUGGGGAGGGUUCUGCUGGUUGGUGAAUGGGAUUCCACUGAUUGAUCAAUGGGAUUCCA